ACGCGGUCCAACGCAACGGAUGCCUAACCACGUCGGGUCUGUAUGCUAUCGCUACUUCCAGGCGUCCCUCUGACUGGUGCGGGACGCCAUGCCCAGUGAAUUGGAAGACUAGCCACUUGUGUUCGACCUGCUCGCCGCGUUUACCCUCGCCCGCGGUAUCCUGCGCCUGCCGACCUAUAACUCGUCAAUUGCUCGCAAGAGAUCGUGACCUGUCAGGUCUCAGGAAUAAUUGGCAUUAACCCAAAGUGGGCCGCUAGGCAGAGAUUUUCAAACAGGCUAGCAAAGAGAUCAUGUCUGCCCGUCACCCCGCGCGCCCACGGCGCAUCGAUGACGCCCUCUCCCAACUCGUCGAUUCCCUUACGCCUCCCCUCUCGCUCUCCGACAUUGACGACGAAUAUGCGGAUGACGCCGAAGACGCUCUCGCGGCAGCGGAGGAGAGACGGCACCAGGAAAUCCUCGAGCGCUCAUGGCGCAUUCUUGACACUCACACCAGCGCGGCCAACGACCCAGCUUCACCAUCGAACGCCCCGGGCCCAGGAAUAAACAGGAGGGGAAGCCUAGCAGGUGGGGAGAAUAUCAACAACGCGUCGGAUCUGAUCAAACGGAAGUUGCUGCGCGAGAACGCGAGCCCCGAUAAGGCGGUUCGAUUCUCGAACCUAUACUCGCGUUUGUUGACACAGCCCGUCUUGUCGCAGAAAUGGGCCAUCUUAUACCUUCUUUAUCGGCUCUCAAGUGCGGAUGACUAUGAUGGAUUUAUGGAGGAGGAGGGCGAACCCCGAAGUCCACCGGUGGAGCCGGCGAAUCUGCAGAAUAUCCUCUGGAAGGGACAGAGGGCAAAACAAGGUUGGGGGGAUCAGUCGGACGAGGAGGGCCCUGCGAUCAGCUCGUCUGCAUCUCAGUUGCCUGCGCGGAUUGAGCGACAGGCUUCGAUACGGCGGCAAGACAUACUAGCGGAAAAAGAACGAGAGCCUGAGCAUGAUGCUGGGUUACCCACGGUGGAAAGGGCUCGAGUGACUCGGAGUCGGGCCAAUACUGGUGUGAGAGAACCGCUCAGCGACGAUCAGAAGACAAUACUACCAGAGCCUACUAGUUUGGAGAAGGAACCGCAGCCAACGGGACCUCUGGAAGAUGGGCUCCUGCGUGAUCUACCAUUCAACCUACAGGGUUUGUCCUCGUCGAACCUACAAUUUUCCUCGUCCUCGACCCUGAAACUACCACCUUCGCUACCUGUGCCGAUGGUGUCGCUUUUGAAUUCCCUUGCAGAGCCAUGUCUCCUGUAUCGUGGCUUAUCGUCCUUCGUUGAGAGCUCAGAAGGUGGACUUUUAAGUCAGAGCUUGCGGGCAGCUCUCUCGAAUGAGCUCCGCUCCUACUUAGGUCUCGUUGCUACACUAGAAGGGGAAAUUCGACGGGCGCUGGCCGCACCUGCGGAUCCGAAUGAUCCCAGGAGUGCCUCCAAGAGUGGGGUGACCUUGAAGCGAUGUGUCGUCUGGACCCGAGAUGCAACAAUGGCACUGCGGUUGAUGAGUCUUAUUGUCGAAGAAGCCCAGAACAAGAAAGGUGGUCAACUGAUUUCCCUGAUCCAUGGCUUCUCGACGUCCCAUGGUGACCCCUUCGUAUGCGCUGUGGCGGAAAAGCUUCUCAAUCAUGUUACUCGACCGUUCUACGACAUGUUGCGAUCUUGGAUCUACGACGGCGAGUUGUCUGACCCGUACAAAGAGUUCUUUGUUGUGGAGCCGGAGUUCAGGCCCAGCACAGACCCACGCCGUAUUGCAACCAGUGUUUGGGAGGAUAAGUAUAAGCUUGACGAUGAGAUGGUACCCUCCAUCAUCACACAGGACUUUGCGAAGAAGGUGUUCCUGAUUGGAAAGUCAUUGAACUUCUUACGAUACGGUUGUGGAGACUCGGGAUGGGUUGAGGCUUACUCGAAGGAAGCCUCCAAAGAACUGCGGUACGGCGAUACGGCUACCUUGGAGUCUUCGAUUGAUGAAGCCUAUAAGACCACCAUGGCGCGGCUGAUAUAUCUCAUGGACGAGAAAUUCAAGCUGUUUGACCAUCUUCUGGCGCUAAAGAAAUACUUGUUGCUGGGACAGGGUGAUUUCAUCGCCCUGCUGAUGGAGUCAUUAGCUUCGAACCUGGACCGACCAGCUAAUUCGCAGUACCGCCAUACAUUGACUGCCCAAUUGGAGCAUGCCAUUCGUGCUUCGAAUGCACAGUACGACUCCCCAGAUGUCCUCCGUCGACUGGAUGCCCGCAUGCUGGAACUCAGUCAUGGAGAGAUUGGCUGGGACUGCUUCACCCUUGAGUACAAGAUCGAUGCCCCGGUAGAUGUGGUCAUUACACCUUGGGGCUCCACUCAGUACUUGAAAGUCUUCAACUUCCUCUGGCGCGUGAAGCGCGUAGAGUUCGCUCUGGGUAGUACUUGGCGACGAUGCAUGACUGGUGCUCGCGGUGUCCUGGGAAGUGUCAAUGACAAAGUCGGGCCUGACUGGAAACGGGCAAGAUGUGUAAUCGCUGAGAUGAUUCACUUCGUUUGCCAACUCCAAUACUACAUAUUGUUCGAGGUGAUUGAGGCCAGCUGGGACCAACUGCAGGCCUCGAUUUCCAAGCCAGGAUGCACGUUGGAUGACCUGAUCGAAGCACACACCAAAUACCUCAACUCAAUCACGCACAAGGGCCUGUUAGGCUCUUCAUCCUCCUUCAAGAACACAUCUACCAACAAACCGGAAGAGGGCUUCCUAAGCCAGCUGCACCAGAUCCUCAAGAUCAUGCUUGCAUACAAGGACGCCGUGGACGGCCUCUACUCGUUCUCCGUCGCCGAAUUCACUCGCCGGCAAGAACUCAGCGCAAAGAUCGAGACACGCACCGCGCAGGGCCGUUGGGGCGUCACCGAGCGCGACCUUCUCUCAUCCAGACGCACCCGAGGACACAAGGACUCCGUCUCUUCAUCCAUGUCCCCCUCAGUAGCCUUCACCCCAAAUAUCGGCAACGGCGGCGACGACAUCGGCACCCCAUCCUCCAUCCACCAUGACCUAUCCGCCGACGACCACAUGCUUGCCUCCCUGCGCGUCCGACUCCGAGACCUCUCAGCCGAGUUCCGUUCCCGGCUGAACGUCCUCCUAGGCGAUCUCGCCUACCAACCCGACGUGGACAUGCGAUUCCUCGGCGUCGUGAUGAACUUCAAUGACGUCUACGAACCCGUCCGUCGAAGACGAACCGCAGGUACCAGUUCCCGCGAUAAGGAACGAGCGAGACGCAAGGCAGCCGCUGCGGGAGCCAGUGCGGAAAGCAGCGCGUCCAAGGAAGCCAAGAGAGAGAAAAAGGACCCAUACGGGACGGAGAAUAGUGGGACUGGAAGCGCAACGGGAUAAUAACUGUCUCUCCCUCCCUACCCCGGUUGGGUUCUAUAUCUACUUGAGGAGCAUUUGGUCUUGUUCACGGAGUCAGGAAUCUGGGAUGGGAAGAAUAGGAAAGGAAAGGGAAGCGAAGUGACCAAAAAAGAAGUUAAUGAAAGUAUGACGAUCUCGUGGGCCAAACACGUAUAGAGAUAUUUCGCAAUAAGUUGUAUGUAUGUAUACCGAAUAUAAUAAGUC